GGCCCCGGACUCUACUUCCCGGCAGGCAGUGCGGCCCGAGGGGCGGAACUGCAUUUCCCAGCAGGCUGCAGGCGGCGGGCGCCGCGGUGCCUUGUGUGGGAUGCCGAGGCCCGCCGCCAUGGGGCUGAAGGCCGCCCAGAAGACGCUGUUCCCGCUGCGCUCCAUCGACGACGUGGUGCGCCUGUUCGCUGCUGAGCUGGGCCGAGAGGAGCCGGACCUGGUACUCCUAUCCUUGGUACUGGGCUUCGUGGAGCACUUCCUAGCUGUCAACCGCGUCAUCCCCACCAACGUGCCUGAGCUCACUUUCCAGCCCAGCCCUGCGCCUGACCCUCCUGGCGGCCUCACUUACUUCCCUGUGGCCGACCUCUCCAUCAUCGCCGCGCUCUAUGCCCGUUUCACCGCCCAGAUCCGCGGCGCAGUCGACCUAUCUCUCUACCCGCGAGAAGGGGGCGUCUCCAGCCGCGAGCUGGUGAAGAAGGUCUCCGAUGUCAUUUGGAACAGCCUCAGCCGCUCCUACUUCAAGGAUCGGGCCCACAUCCAGUCCCUCUUCAGCUUCAUCACAGGCACCAAACUAGACAGCUCUGGUGUGGCCUUUGCCGUGGUGGGGGCCUGCCAGGCUCUGGGUCUCCGGGAUGUCCACUUGGCCUUAUCUGAAGACCACGCCUGGGUAGUAUUUGGGCCCAAUGGAGAGCAGACAGCUGAGGUCACUUGGCAUGGCAAGGGCAACGAGGAUCGCAGGGGCCAGACGGUCAACGCGGGUGUGGCUGAGCGGAGCUGGCUGUACCUGAAAGGAUCAUACAUGCGCUGUGACCGCAAGAUGGAGGUGGCAUUUAUGGUGUGCGCUAUCAACCCUUCCAUUGACCUGCACACCGACUCCCUGGAGCUGCUGCAGCUGCAGCAGAAGCUGCUCUGGCUGCUCUAUGACCUGGGACAUCUGGAAAGGUACCCUAUGGCGCUGGGGAACCUGGCAGAUCUAGAGGAGCUGGAGCCCACCCCUGGCCGGCCAGACCCACUCACCCUCUACCACAAGGUCUUGUUCUGUGGGGUGCCUGCUGCAUUCUGGCCCAGGUGUCAGCAAGCAGACCUGCAAACCCCGGGAGGAGCACCUGGUAGAGAGGAUGGGGGCAUUGCCUCAGCCAAGACCUACUACCGGGAUGAGCACAUCUACCCUUAUAUGUACCUGGCUGGCUACCAUUGUCGGAACCGCAAUGUGCGCGAAGCCCUGCAGGCCUGGGCUGACACGGCCACUGUCAUCCAGGACUACAACUACUGCCGUGAAGACGAGGAGAUCUACAAGGAGUUCUUUGAAGUAGCCAAUGAUGUCAUCCCCAACCUGCUGAAGGAAGCAGCCAGCCUGCUGGAGGCUGGCGAGGAGCGGCCAGGGGAGCAGAGCCAGGGCACCCAGAGCCAGGGUUCUGCCCUCCAGGACCCAGAGUGCUUCGCCCAUCUGCUGCGAUUCUACGAUGGCAUCUGCAAAUGGGAAGAGGGCAGCCCCACGCCUGUGCUGCACGUGGGCUGGGCCACCUUCCUCGUGCAGUCCCUAGGCCGUUUUGAGGGACAGGUGCGGCAGAAGGUACGGAUAGUGAGCCGCGAGGCGGAGGCAGCCGAGGCAGAGGAGCCAUGGGGCGAGGAAGCCCGAGAAGGCCGGCGGCGGGGCCCGCGGCGGGAAUCCAAGCCCGAGGAGCCACCGCCGCCUAAGAAGCCAGCGCUGGACAAAGUUCCCAGCGCGGUGCCAGGACCCCCUCGGAAGCCCCCAGGGACGGUCCCGGGCACUCCCCGCGGCCCUGAAGGCGGCAGCUCGGCUCCGGCGCCAGGGCCCGCCGCGUCACCGCCACCGGAGGGUCCGGUGCUCACUUUCCAGAGCGAGAAGAUGAAGGGCAUGAAGGAGCUGCUUGUGGCCACUAAGAUCAACUCGAGCGCCAUCAAGCUGCAGCUCACGGCGCAGUCUCAAGUGCAGAUGAAGAAGCAGAAGGUGUCUACACCUAGCGACUACACUCUGUCCUUCCUCAAGCGGCAGCGCAAGGGCCUCUGAAGUACCCCGGACUCCCUAUCGGCCUACGGGGAGCCCGCCCUCAAUCCGAAUGAGGUUCCCUCCCAGCCCUUAGCAGCCUAGGCUCCGCCCCCGGCCAAGAGGGCCUAGGCUUAGCCUCCGGGCCCCACCCCUACCCGGAACCGAGGCUGCUGGUUCCCAGAGUAGACUCUACCCCACAGCACGAACCGAAGGCUGAGCCCAGUCAUUGGAAUAUAGAGCCCAUCCCCCAGGAUCCCAGCCGGCCAACUGAAAUAUGACCCUGAGCCCAUCACCAAUCUUUAAAGGUCCAAUCACGGAAAACUCAGGCUCCACCUCAGAACGAGGCUCUAACCUUCGGCCUGACCAGUGUUGGCUCAGGGUUGCUUCCAGCCCAAAGGGCUGAGAUUUCGUCCUAAACCCUAGAAGCACAGGUGCCGCUUACAGCUCGGGAACCAAGGACCCCAAUCAACCCGUAGGAGUAUAUUUCCGCACUUCAGAAUUCCAUCCCUUGGGAAUCCAAGCUCCCUACUGCUAAGAACCUAUGUAACGCUUCCAGAAUUUGGAAAUCCUAGCUUCUUCCCUUCCCUAUUUUACGAGCCUGGGACAUGGAACUCCGCUCCCGGUCUGUGAGAAUCCUGAGCCCCGCCCCCUUCCUGACCAAACUGGCCCCAGAUCAGAGCAGACCUCUCUUCCGACCCUCUGGGAACCUCCCCGAGGUCCAGCCCGUCUCGGGGGACCCCGGAGGAAAUCUGCAGGGGUUUGUGAGUGGGUGAGGGGAGCCUGAUCUCUUCCUGUUUUGUACAUAGAUUUAUUUUUCAGUUCCAAGGAAGAUGAAUACAUUUUGUAAAAAAAAAAUAAAAGUAGUCCGUGUUUCA